CUUCGAAUGACAGAAACACAGCACGAUGUGGACCUUCAUCUUGCUCCUCUUCUGGGGGUGUUGUGGUAUAUGUAGCUGUGAAACAGUCACAUUAACCCCACCGGAAUCAGCGGCAUGGCGUCGGCUGCUGAAUCUGACAGGGACGGCUUUUGAAACGAAUGAGUGUGUGGAUACCACUGUCUGCCCAGCUUAUGCAACCUGCACCGACACUCCAAAAAGUUACUACUGCACUUGCAAACAAGGAUUCCUGUCCAGCACCGGAGAGACAGAGUUCAGGGGCUCAGGUGUGGAAUGCAAAGAUAUAGAUGAGUGUUCUCAAAAUCCCCUACAAUGUGGUCACAACUCAAUCUGCAAAAACCUGCCAGGGAGGUACAAGUGCAGCUGUUUGCCUGGUUUCUCUUCUCCUACUGGAAACAACUGGAACCCUGGAAAGCCAGGUCGUUUCGCCUGUACAGAUGUGGAUGAAUGUGUGGAUCCCAGAGCCUGCCCAGAGCGUGCGACUUGCCACAACAGCCCUGGAAGCUACUAUUGUGUCUGCAACCCAGGAUUUGUUUCUAGAAGUGGAAACGCGAGAUUCCUCGGUCCUGGAGGGACAUGUGAAGAUGUUGAUGAAUGUGCGGAUCCCAGAGCCUGCCCAGAGCAUGCCACUUGCCACAACAGUCCUGGAAGCUACGAUUGUGUCUGCAACCCAGGAUUUGUUUCCAGCAGUGGAAACAUGAGAUUCCGCGGUCCAGGAGAGACGUGUGAAGAUGUGAAUGAGUGUGCGAGUUCCACCAUCUGCCCAGCUCAUGCAACCUGCAUCAACACUUUGGACAGUUACUACUGCACUUGUGAACAAGGCUUCCGGUCCAGCACCAGAGAGACACAGUUCAGGGGCCCAGGAGUCGAAUGCAAAGAUAUAGAUGAGUGUUCUCAAAGUCCCCUACAAUGUGGUCUUAACUCAGUCUGCCAAAACCUGCCAGGGAGGUACGAGUGCAGCUGUUUGCCUGGUUUCUCUUCCCCUACUGGAAACAACUGGAACUCGGGAAACCCAGGUCAUUUCGCCUGUACAGAUGUGGAUGAAUGUGCGGAUCCCAGAGCCUGCCCAGAGCAUGCGACUUGCCACAACAGUCCUGGAAGCUACUAUUGUGUCUGCAACCCAGGAUUUGUUUCUAGCAGUGGAAACGCGAGAUUCCUCGGUCCUGGAGGGACAUGUGAAGAUGUGGAUGAAUGUGUGGAUUCCAGAGCCUGCCCAGAGCAUGCGACUUGCCACAACAGUCCUGGAAGCUACGAUUGUGUCUGCAACCCAGGAUUUGUUUCCAGCAGUGGAAACAUGAGAUUCCGCGGUCCAGGAGAGACGUGUGAAAGUGUGGAUGAAUGUGCGGAUCCCAGAGCCUGCCCGGAGCAUGCCACUUGCCACAACAGUCCUGGAAGCUACUAUUGUGUCUGCAACCCAGGAUUUGUUUCCAGCAGUGGAAACAUGAGAUUCCGCGGUCCAGGAGAGACGUGUGAACAUGUGAAUGAGUGUGCGAGUUCCACCAUCUGCCCAGCUCAUGCAACCUGCACCAACACUUUGGACAGUUACUACUGCACUUGUGAACAAGGCUUCCUGUCCAGCACCGGAGAGACACAGUUCGUGGGCCCAGGAGUCGAAUGCAAAGAUAUAGAUGAGUGUUCUCAAAACCCGAGACAAUGUGGUCUUAACUCAAUCUGCCAAAACCUGCCAGGGAGGUACAAGUGCAGCUGUUUGCCUGGUUUCUCCUCUCCUACUGGAACCAACUGGAACCCGGGAAAGCCAGGUCGUUUCGCCUGUACAGAUAUUGAUGAGUGCUCCCAAGAUCCAUCACGGUGUGGUCCCGAUUCUGUCUGCACCAACGCCCCAGGCUCCUACAGCUGUAGCUGCGUUGUGGGCUUCCGUCCCAAUCCAGAAGGCUCCUGGAAACAUGGCAACUUCAGCUGCGAAAUGGUUCCCUUCAAGUGUAAAGAAGAUGUGUUACCCAAGAAUGAGCAGGUCCGGCUAUGCCAAGAGGGAGCAGCGGUGGAGCCUGAAUAUGUUUCCUUUUGUGCACUAAUGAACACCACCUUCAGCAUCCUGGACGAUGCCUGUGAGAACAAAUCCACCGUCGUUUCUCUGAAGAAUACGGCUGAGAGUGUUACCUCUGUGCUUGAGCAAAAGUCCACGUGGUCCAACUUCACCAAAGAAAAAACGUCCACCCUGGCCAUAGUCUUACUGGAGACCGUGGAGAGCACCACGUUGGCAGCGUUCCUGAAAUCCUCAGAGAAUGUCAGUCAGUCUAUUCAGACGGAACACCUAGAUAUUAAGACCCAAGUUAUUAACGAAGAAUGCCCUGAGGAGAACACUGUCUUUAACUUGAAAGCCAAAGGGGAUGAGAUGAAGAUUUGGUGCUCCACAAUUGAAGAAUCUGAAUCCACAGGGACCACUGGAGUGGCAUUUGUCUCCUUUGUGGGUAUGGAGUCUGUUUUGGAUGAGAGCUUCUUCCAAGACCCUCGGACCUUCUUGGGCUACUCCAGGAGGAAGCUAAAGAUGAAUUCUCGCAUCGCUGGGGGCAUCAUGACUGGGAAGAAGAAAGCUGGCUUCUCCGACCCAAUCAACUACACUCUGGAGAACAUCGAGCCAAAGCAGGAGUUUGAGAGCCCCAUCUGCGUUUCCUGGAGAACGGAUGCAAAGGGUGGCAGGUGGACGCCAUCUGGCUGUGUGAUCCUUGAGGCUUCCGAGACGCAUACUGUCUGCAGCUGUAAUCGAAUGGCGAACCUGGCCAUCAUCAUGGCUUCUGAGGAGCUCACGAUGGAGUUCUCUUUGUACAUCAUUAGCCACGUGGGCAUGAUCAUCUCACUGGUGUGUCUCGUCUUGGCCAUCGCCACCUUCCUGCUGUGCCGUAGCAUUCGCAACCAUAACACCUACCUCCACCUGCACCUCUGCGUGUGCCUCUUCUUGGCCAAGCUUCUCUUCCUCACCGGUGUAGACAAGACUGACAACCAGACGGGCUGUGCCAUCAUCGCGGGCUUUCUGCACUACCUGUUCCUUGCCUGCUUCUUCUGGAUGUUGGUGGAGGCCGUGAUGCUCUUCCUUAUGGUCAGGAACCUGAAGGUGGUGAAUUACUUCAGCUCUCGCAACAUCAAGAUGACAUACCUCUGUGUCUUUGGCUACGGGCUCCCGGCAGUAGUGGUGGCUGUCUCCGCCGGCGUGAAACCACAGGGCUAUGGGAUGUAUAAUCGCUGCUGGCUGAAUACGGAGACGGGGUUCAUCUGGAGUUUCCUGGGGCCAGUUUGCACAAUCAUAGUGAUCAAUUCCAUCCUCUUGACUUUGACACUUUGGAUCCUGAGGCAGAAGCUUUCCAGCGUCAAUGCCCAAGUCUCAACACUCAAAGAUACCAGGUUAUUGACAUUCAAGGCCUUUGCCCAUGUCUUCAUCUUGGGGAGCUCCUGGGUGUUGGGCAUUUUCCAGAUUGGACCCUUGGCUGGUAUCAUGGCCUACCUGUUCACCAUCAUCAACAGCCUGCAGGGGGCCUUCAUCUUCCUCAUUCACUGUCUACUCAACCGCCAGGUGCGGGAAGAUUACAGAAGAUGGAUUACCAGGAAGACCACACCCGGAUCCCAGUCCCAGACAUCAGGGGUCACACUGACAUCCUUUUCCUCCACUUCCAAAACGGGUUAAAGCUCUUUCUUGCUUUCAAAUACGCUAUGAAGCAACAUUUGAGGACAGCAGGUGCCGGCAGGAGCUGACGCUGAAAUCUUCUCUUCAUGGCUUAAUGUGGAAUUGCAGAUCUCACCAGCCCCAGGACUCUCUGGGUGAUUCAGAGCACUGAUGGGUGGGGCGCUCUUCCCACGUUCCAUGCGCUGGUGAGAAACAAGACUUUCUGUUCCAGAUUACCAUUUUAUCUUCUAUGUUCUGCAACCCUUUGAAUUUCCAGAGUUUUGAGGAAAUAAUAGAUCCUAGUGCAAUGGCAUGACCAAGAACAUCUGGCUACCGUUUUGUUUUCUCCUAAGUUCUCUGGCGUGUGGCUGCAAGCCUGCCUCUCCAGCGCCUGUCACAGAGUAUGGAAACGGCUUCAGGAAAUGGCUUGUCUUCUG